UUGGGAGAAACUGAACACAAAGAGGGAAGUUAAAAAUAAGGCGGUGGCAUGACGUACGUGUCACAUUAUUCCAUAGCCACCGCUCUCUCUCCCACUUGAAUUCAACACAAACAUAUUGUUAUUGUUCGUACCCAAAAGUAAAGCAACCAUAAUUCCGUUGAAUAUAAUUAAUUAGGAAAUGGUUUUGGUGAUUGAAUCAAAUAUUGGCCGAUCGGCAAUACAAAUUGCCUCUAUGUUCCGCCACCACAUUUCUUAUUGUGUGGGAGUGAGAGUUUUCUCGACAAUUGGCGAAACUGCAACAAAAAAAAGUCAUAAGGUAUCCAAUAAGCCACCAAUAUGCACGGCUGACGAGCUUCACUACGUGUCCCUUAAUACUUGUGAUUGGAGACUUGCUUUGUGGCGUUACCUUCCUCCUCCACAGGCUCCAAGGAGAAAUCAUCCGCUACUUCUGUUGUCUGGCGUAGGGACUAAUGCUAUUGGAUAUGAUCUUUCCCCUGAGUCAUCAUUUGCUCGGUACAUGUGUAAUCAAGGAUUUGAUACUUGGAUUCUCGAACUCCGUGGAACUGGUUUGAGCGUGAAGGAAUCAGAUUCCAAAAAUAUUGAGAAGUCUGCACACACAGCAUCUAAUGAGAUGGAAGCUGCUUCUGAUAAUGCUAAUGACAGAGGUCUUUCUGCAGCAAAGCAGUCCACAAAUGUCCAGGGUGCCUCAGAAAAGCACGAUACAGCAGUGGUCAAUGAAGAUCCCGCUGUGGUUUCAACAGUAUGGGAUGAGUCAAGAGUGGUGACCAAACUUACAGAAACUUUUAUACACUUGUCAGAGAGAGUCACUGGCUUUGUCCGUGGAAGUAAGUCGAAGAUUAUCUUUGCUAAACUUGUUCAUCAAAUAUCAAAACUAUUGGAGGAUUCUUUUCUUUACAAACGAGCCAACACAAUAAGGAAGAAAUUGUUAAGUCUGCUGGAGAGGAGGGAGAACUCAGUUGCCGUCACUAGCCAAGUCGGGGAACUGAGCAAGAAGCUAGUAAAUAUCUUUGAAGAAGGUCAACAUUCUGUUUCAUCCCCACUAUUUGAUCUGCAAGAACGUCUAACAACUAAAAUGGGAGCUUUUCAGGAACAGCUUGACUUAAUCCUCAAGUAUGAUUGGGACUUUGAUAAUUACCUGGAAGAGGAUGUCCCUGCUGCGAUGGAAUAUAUAAAGGCCCAAACUAGACCAAAGGACGAUAAACUACUUGCAAUUGGACAUUCUAUGGGAGGAAUAUUACUGUAUGCCAGGCUAUCACGGUGUGCUUUGGAAGGAAGGGAGCCUGGAUUAGCUGCUAUUGUUACUGUGGCUUCAUCACUUGAUUACACAUCAUCUAAGUCCGCACUCAAACUGCUCGUACCCCUUGCUGAUCCUGCUCAGGUUCUCAAUGUUCCUGUCAUUCCUCUAGGGACAUUGGUGGCUGCUGCUUAUCCUCUUACAUCUCGCGCUCCUUAUAUUUUGGCUUGGCUUAAUGAAAUGAUAUCUGCCACAGACAUGAUGCAUCCAGACUCACUGAAAAGGCUUGUACGGAACAGCUUUUGUAAUAUUCCUGCUAAACUUCUUUUGCAGUUGGCAACAGCUUUUCAAGAGGGAGGGCUCCGUGAUAGAAGUGGCAAAAUUUUCUAUAAGGAUCACCUUCACAAAAGUAGUGUACCGGUCUUAGCUCUUGCUGGAGAUCGAGACCAAAUCUGCCCACCGGAAGCUGUAUAUGAAACACUGAAGCUUAUUCCUGAGAACUUGGUGAACUACAAUGUAUUUGGGGAUGCUGAUGGUCCACAUUAUGCUCAUUAUGACUUGGUCGGAGGGCACAUGGCCACAGAACAAUUAUAUCCUUGCAUAGUCCAAUUUUUAAGCCGAUAUGAUGGGACCAGCUAGGAGAUGGAUAUGCGUUAACAUCAUGCUUCAGAUGCCUGAGCUUCAAAUCAGUCCGCGUAUCAUUUAUGCAUCUCAUGCUCACUUAUCAUCACUACUCAUAUCAGAUGAUGCUAUAAACAAGGGAAAAUUGUGAUACCCGGAACCAGAGGAGCUCAUGCACAGGAAAGAAUUUGACAGAUGUGCUUUGUGUCAACAUUUUUCGUAAUAUCAUCCUUUUCGAUUACUUUUUCACCUGACUUUUUACAGGCUUUUGUUUCUAUCCUUUAUCUAGAUUCCACUUAAUCUCCAUCUAUUAUUUGGUUUUUUAUUUUCCCUUUAUAAUGUAUAUAUUUGGAGGAUGCUCGUGCUGAGCACGGGCUCAGAAAGCUAGUUCUCAUUGAACUAUAAUUCCUCAUA